CAAAUUUCAGAUUAGAAAUGCUGACAUUGAAAGUAACAGGAUUUACAUUGUUAUUGGUAACGCUUGCAUAUUGCAAAAUGCAAACAGUCACAGUGAAAGGACAAGUGGCAUGCAGUGAUAAAUCGGUUAAUAAUGUUCAUAUUGAAUUACGAGAAGCUGAUACAUGGGAUCCUGACGAUUCACUUUCUGCAACUCAUUCUGAUCGACAAGGACGUUUUGAAGUGAGUGGACAAGAAGAUGAAAUAGGCAGUAUUGAGCCUUAUUUACGCAUUACUCAUAGCUGCAGCGAUGGUGUCAUCGAUCCAAAAUGUAGGGUUGUGGACGAUUAUAUAAUCCCAAAAGAUUACAUCAAUGAUAUCUAUAACAUGGGUAUCGUUAGUCUGAAUAUCGCUCAAGAAGGCAGGAAGAAGAAUUGUGCUUAAAGAUAUAUUAUAUUUUUAUGACUAUUAACGUAUUUAUUCAUGUUGAAACUAUAAUUACC